GACCAGAGCUGAGCCUAAAAGUAUAAUGCCAUUGAGACAUCCUGACAUGGAACCUGCAUCUUGAUGUUCGCCGGUUCUUAAUAAAACUCAAGUACAGAACUUUAAUGGUUUGAGAAAUUUUGGCUCGGCAAGUUAACAGAAGCAUUCGUACCUGAUCAUGUAUUAGAAGACUCCUAGUCGGCCAUGGCUAAAUUGAACGGCACUGUGAACUCGUCUGACAUGGAGAUAGGGGACACUGAUGUUCCCAUGCUGGAGCUAGGCACACAUAGUUAUACACUUCCAAAAUUGCGAUAUGUCAACAUUUUCAGUUUCUUCCUCUUUGUUGAUGCUGUCGUUUCAAUCAUCUUGUGGUUGACAGGUGGACACUCGCAGUACCUUAUAGACAAUGUAACACAUUUCACCAUGACAACGUCUGUAUUUGACCUUGCCCUUCUGUCAGCCAUCAAGCUGGUGAUCCUAUGUGGAAUCGUCCUUCCAUCUUUAGAAAACUCUUCGUACCGUUUGAUAGAGAUCGACCAGACGACUUACAGAGAGCUGAAGUCUAAGAAGACUCACCUCCACGUCUGUCUGAUCCUGAUUGCCCUUGGAAUGUUAGCCUAUUCCACCACCAAAGGGGCGUUAGUUUUAUACGAGCUAAAGAACUCAGGAGAUUACACUGUGAUGCAUGCUACAUACAAUGCUCUAGUCAUCUGUGCGUUUGUCUUCAGUCUGCUGGAAGUAGUAUUUGCACUUUCAAGCUUCUUCAUGAUGAGGAGAUUGAAAAGUGUGAGGAUUCUCCAUCGCUUUAAUGAUGAUGGCGAGGAGAUCGGGAAGGAUGGUGAACCGCUAAGAAGCAAGGUGACCUUUGCCAGGAUGGCAGCUCUUGCCAAACCAGAGAUGGGCUUGCUCGGGUUUGCCUCCAUUGGCCUGCUGUUCUCCAGUGGUUCCCAGAUGGUGGCGCCACUGUUCUUCGGGAAAGUGGUGGACGCUGCUCAGCACAGUAUCAGUGAGUUGACGAGAACUGUCCUCAUCAUGCUCGGUAUUUACCUAGUGGGGAACAUCUUUGGUAUGAUUCGGGCCUGGUUAUUCACACUGGCGGGAAUGAGGCUGGUGGCUCGGUUACGUAAGCGGCUCUUCAACUCCAUCAUUCAGCAAGAGGUAGCCUUCUUUGACACAAACCGCACGGGUGAACUCUGUAAUCGGCUGUCAUCAGACACACAGGUGUUACAGAACGCUGUCACAGUGAACAUGUCCAUGCUGGUGAGGAAUAUACUGCAGCUGAUUGGCUCGUUGGGGUUCAUGUUUUACCUGAACCCCUCGUUAACAGGUGUGCUGUUGUCCAUAGUACCAAUUGUGUCACUAGGAGCUGUCCAGUAUGGAAAGCUGUUGAAGAAACUGAGGAAGAAGUUCCAGGACAAGCUAGCAGACGCCGGCACCAUGGCAGAGGAAAGCCUGUCCAGCCUACGAACAGUACGCACUUUCUCGGCCGAAGGAAAGGCUGGACACAUGUACGGGGUGGAGAUUGAUGAGAGUUACAAUGUUGGAAAGAAACUGGCGUUAGUCACAGGUGGUUUCACGGGUGUAAUCGGGACUGUGGCAUACGGGGCCAUUUCUGUUGUGCUGUGGUAUGGAGGAAAGUUGGUAUACGAUAACGAGCAUGGGACCCCGACCGGACUGACACCUGGGAUACUCACCUUGGUAUAUGAUCGUGUACCAAGGUCUGGCAUCUAUCAUCCAGACCCCACCAUUUUGGGAAAAUUAGAAGCUAUGACGGACAGAAACAGAUGUGCUCAUGCUGUUGGGGCAUCCAUCAGAAUAUUUGACUUGCUUGAUCGACAACCGAAAGUCUCCAAUGAAAAUGGCAUCGUUCUUAGAUCUAUAGACGGACGGGUGGAGUUUGACAAUGUGAAGUUCACAUAUCCUUCUAGACCAGAAACGGAGGUUCUCAAGGGGAUAUCUUUUAUCCUGGAGCCGGGUAAAGUGCUGGCUCUGGUGGGGCCCUCUGGUGGUGGAAAAUCAACAAUCGUCAAUCUAAUUGAAAGAUUCUAUGAUCCUGACUCCGGAAUAGUAUCCCUAGGUGGGAACAAUCUACGCGAGCUGGAGCCGCGCUGGUUCCGUCAGAAGAUAUCGAUGGUUAGUCAGGAACCCACGCUGUUUGCCUGUAGCAUCAAGGAAAACAUCGCCUACGGCAAGACCGCAACAGACACAGAGAUUCAGGAGGCAGCAAAACAAGCCAAUGCUCACGAGUUUAUCAGCGAGUUUGAGAAAGGCUACGAGACACUUGUCGGUGAGCGGGGGAUUCGUCUUUCAGGGGGUCAGAAGCAGCGUAUAGCCAUCGCCCGCGCUCUGAUAAUGGACCCAGUGCUUCUACUACUGGACGAGGCGACCAGUGCAUUAGAUGCUGAAAGUGAGCACCUUGUCCAGGAGGCGGUGGAAAGAGCCAUGAAGGGACGAACCGUCAUCGUGAUCGCACAUAGAUUAUCUACAGUCAGGAACGCUUCAAAGGUGAUUGUGAUUGACAAGGGCGUAAUGGCAGAGAGCGGCACUCACGAUGAACUAAUCGCUAAAGACGGCGUGUACAAACGUCUCGUCCUACGUCAGCUGAUGGCCGGAUCGGCUUCUAUAAAUGGGAUGUCCACAGGGGACGGGGAAGCAAAUGGCAAAGACAAUGCAAUCUUCACAAUCGGAGAUAAUGACAGUCACUCCACUGUUCUUCAUUAACGCAUGGGAUUUUAGGACUCCUGAUUUUAAAUUCAUCAUAUUUACAUUUUUUUAAAUUUGUGACUGAAGGUUUCGUGAACAUUGUGUAAAAUUUUCCAUAUUUCUGUGAUAGCUAAUACUCUAUAUGUUCAAAAACAGAGCCCCAGCAGAAGGCUAGACUCAAUUCUAAGUACGCUUUUUAGGGAUCUGAUCUUAACAAGGAAAAUGCUGUAAUAAUUUGAAGUUUCCUAUCCAAAGUAUUUUCUUAAAUUUUAUAGAAUUAAAUUAUUAUUAACAUACGUUCAUAUUCUUUUUUCAUGAAUCAUCUUUUUGGUCUAAAACGCCUUUUUAUUUAUUUAUUUACAAAAUACAUUGUCCAGUCUGCUACACAAGGAAGGAAGUCUCUGAAAUCUUUCCAGUACACUAGACGAUGGUGAUGUACUGCGGGGGUUGCCUUUUAGGACAUUUACAAUUUAUUAUCAUCAUGUUUAAGGUUUAGGGAACCAACCAUAUCAUUACCGUAGUCACUAUUGCAAAAUUUGAACGUUUGAAAAUAGAAAUAAAAACUGAAAACAGAAAAAUUGCAGGGGUAAAAAAAAAAUCCGACAUAGCCAUCCAGGGAUUAUAAAUGCACAACUUCAAAAUGAGGGUCCAAUUUAUGUGCCGUAAA